CAGUGUUCUUUCUCUCUCCCAUGACUCAUCUCCAAGGACUCUCUCCAAGGGGUAUUUCUGUGCAGGUGGCCCCCAGGAUCUCUCUGAUGACUCCUCGGUGACAUCGCCCCGCGGUGAGAUGUUCCGCCCCGGGGGAGGAGCCAAGCAUCCCACCUGCAUAUAAGCCGGGGCUUGGAGCGCCAGGAGCACUGUGCCUGCGGAGUUCCCGGAGGAGAAGAGGUCCAGGAUCACCAGGGGACCCUCAGAGAAGACCAGGCGCUUCUGCAGGAGCAGUGCUGCGACAGAGCCACGUCCAUCCCUCCCACAGCCGCCCUUUGGUCAGACCAGCGGAGUGCCAGGUUGUAUUCUGACUCUGUCACUUUGGGCUGGUGUUUUCUGCCUUUAUUUCAUUCCUCCUAUUAAAUUGUACUUCUGGCUUGGGAUCUCCCCCUGGUUUGCUGUCAAACUGGUACAUGUUUGGCACCCAGGUGGAGCCACUCCUGAGAAAAAUGAUAAUUUUGUGUUGCAGAAGCCUCCUGUUCACCGUGGUGCUCGCCAUGCUUACGUGGCUCUCACACCUUGCUCUCUCUCUGUUUCCUCACCUGGGGAGCUCCCUGUCUGCUGCACUGCUCCAGCUGAGCUCAGGGAAUGGUAUGGGAAUUGCUUUGUUGGUUUAUUUUGUCUAUUGCAUGAUAACCUCUGGGGAAGGGAACAUAACUUGGAAUAGAAAUUCACUUUCAUUCACUUGUCCUGGUCUGGGCUGCUGCAUCUCCAUCCCCCUCAACAAUCACAGCCAGCCCCUGCGUUUCAGACUUGACAGAGCAGUUUUGGAAAAUCUUGAGUUCCCUCUGGGUGUCAAAGAUGGCACCAUCAUCUUGCUGUUAGUUCUGCUUUGUUUUCUCUCUGUAGCCUGCACCCCCUGCACCCUGUACACCAUGCCUAGAGACAGAGAAGGGCUCCGUGGGGCACAGCGGCGUCUCCAGGAGGAGGAGGAGGAGGAGGAGGGAAGGACAGAGUCAGCAAGCACCAGAGUCUGCACAGCCUGCCACAGGGAGGAGAGGAACCAAAACCAAAGGAACAGGCACCAGGUCUGCACAGCCUGCCAUGGAGAGAGAAGAGACCAAAACCAAAGGAACAGGCACCAGGUCUGCACAGCCUGCCAUGGAGAGAGAAGAAACCAAAACCAAAGGAACAGGCACCUGGUCUGCACAGCCUGCCAUGGAGAGAGAAGGAACCAAGAGCAAAGGAACAGGCACCAUGUCUGCACAGCCUGCCAUGGAGAGAAGAGGAGCCCAAAGGGCAGCCAGUGCUUCCACACAGACUGUCACCGAGCCAGGGCAGCCCAAGCCAGCAGCAGCUGCCCCCGUUCAGAAGAAGAAGUCCAAGAGCAAAUCCAUGCAAACAGUGACUGAUGAGGAGGUGGCUGGACCCUCACACCCAGCAGAAGAGCCAGAGGCCAUCACUGUCUCUCUGUCCCUGGGUGGGCAGCGAGGCCUGCGGAGAGAGCUCGCCCCCCAGAACAACGAGUCCACCCUGGCCUGGGACAGCACAGCCAGUGACAGCACCCUGGGCAGGCAGCUGGCAUCCCUGUCCUGGCACGUGCUCGAUGCCCAGGGCAUCAGGAGAGCCCAGGGAGCUCUCAGCCUCUGGCAGUGACUCUGGUGAGUGUGAGAGAUGGGUCCUUUGUAAAGAAAACCUGCAGGUGCACCAGGGGAGAUGGAGCCCGGUGGAACAAGGAGAUUCUUCCCUAAGAGCCCCAAGGAUGAACAGUGCCCCUUGCAGAUGUGGGUGAGAUUGGCACACCUUGGGCCAGAGAGAUCCUCCUGUUAGCUGGAGGUGCUGCAGGGGAGGAGAGGACGAGGUGGGAGCCCUGGUCAGCAGGCUGAGGAUUUACAAGGACUCUGUCCCUGCCCUGUCGUGCACCCAUGGCUCCUCCAUGGAACAAAGCUGGCUGGGCAUGCCUGGAGCUUGGAACAGAAAAUUGAAGAGGGCCACCAGAAACUGAGAAAGGAGCUUCAGGAUGGGAUUUACUACUUCAGGAUGGGAUUUACCACUUCAGGAUGGGAUUUACUUUUUACUUCAGGAUGGGAUUUAGCACGUCUCAGCAGAACCACCAAGUCUCUGCACUAGGAGCAGAUGUCCCCCAGCCAGGCAGAGAGGACACACUCCACAAGGUAACCUCUGUUUUUUCUUUCAGGAACAUGGGAUGGAGAGCCCCCCUCCUCCUUUGCAGCCUGGGUACCUGAGCUGGGAAGAGGAACACCUACCACAGGCAGCUCAUCUAGAGUCAGUGCUGCUCUGGUCUCUCGUGGCAGAACUCCUGUUGGUGCAGGAGUGAUAACAUGACUGGUCCUCGUGAAGAACCAGCUCUGGUUCUCAGGAACACAUUUACAGGAGAGCAGCUGUGCCUUGACCAGCCAGGUGGAGGAGAAGGAGAAUUGGAUCUGCUGGACGGUGUGGGUGCCAUGGCCUGGCACGUCUGACCCACGAAGGGACAGCUUUGGUGCACACUGGCACUGAUGCCACCAAGGUGUGCUGGAGUGGAACCCAUUUCCAUUUCUGGGCUCUCAGGAGGAUCCCAGCAGCUGAAGUGAAUUGAUCUGGGAACAAGAGGCACAAACAGCCCGUGGUGGCUGCCCCAGAGGCCCUGCAUCCUCAGCACAGGCCAGCUCAGAAGUGGGAGUUUCACAGACCCAAGGAGAUUGCUGCUGCAGAGACAGAAGAGAGCAGAGAGCUGGGUGCCCUGCCUGCUCUCACAUGAGCCCUUUGCUGAGAGCUGAGGAGCAGAACCCAUCACCACAGCAACCCUGCACCAUCAGCAACUCUUCAUCAGAACAUGAACUUGCUGUAGAACACCUCAGCAAGGCCAAAGUGCUUUAUUUCCUUUCCCCCCCUUAAUUAAAACAAAAUAAAACCCAAAAUAAGA